AGGUCUCAGGCCCCCAGGCGGAGCGGCGGGCCCCAGACCCCCAGGCGGAGCGGCGGGCGCCGGACCCCCAGGCGGAGCGACAGGUCUCGGGCCCCCAGGCGGAGCGGCGGGCACCGAGUCACCAGGCACGACAGUGGGCUCCGAGUCAACUGGCAUGACCGCUGGCACUGGGUCAGACAUUGGAUCGUCUGGCUGGACAGCAGGCAUCGGGUCACCAGGCAUCAGGUCAUUUGGCUCGACAGCGGGGGGCACCGCGUCAUCUGGCAAGGCAGUGGGCUCCGAGUCAACUGGUAUGACCGCGGGCACUGGGUCAGACAUUGGAUCAUCUGGCUGGACAGCGGGCAUCGGGUCACCAGGCAUCAGGUCACUUGGCUCAACAGCGGGCACCGCGUCAUCUGGCAAGACAGUGGGCACCAAGUCACCAGCACGACAGUGGGCUCUGAGUCAAUUGGCACGACAGCGGGCACCGGGUCAUCAGGUACCGGAUUGUCUGGCUCGACAGCGGGCAUCGGGUCACCAGGCAUCAGGUCAUUUGGCUCGCCAGCGGGCACCGCGUCAUCUGGUAAGGCAGUGGGCACCGAGUCACCAGGU